ACGAACCCUAGCCCACUUACCGCGGCGCGACUCCAGGGCAGCCGAUCUCGCGGUCCGGUCGGCGGCGAGAUGGUGGUGGUGGGGGGCGGCGGCGGGAAUGCGUGGGCCAAGGAGAUGACCCUCCGCCGGAGGAUGUCCAGCAUAUUCAACAAGACGCGGGAGCACUUCCCGACGCUGAAAGACUACAACGAUUACCUGGAGGAGGUCGAGGAUAUGACAUUCAACCUGAUCGAAGGAAUUGAUGUCGAGGCGAUCGAGGCUAGGAUUGCCAGGUAUCAGCAGGAGAAUGCUGAGCAGAUAUACCUGUCGCGAGCUAAAAGGGCUGAAGAUCUUGCUGCGGCGCUUAAAGCGAGCAGAAUGGUCCCUGUAAAGGCUGGCCCCAGUGAUACGGCUGCUGGAAGCUCCCAGGGUAUUAGUGGUGGGGCGGGAGUUCAAGGCCAGUAUGCGCCUGCCGCGGUUCCUGGUGGGUUGAAUCAGCCUCGUCCGACAGGUAAUGCCCCGCAGCCAAUUGGUGGUCCAUCUGAUCCUCUACAUGGAUAUGACGAGGAGACCAUGCGACUACGCGCGGAGAGAGGAGCUCGGGCAGGUGGUUGGACUGCUGAGUUGGGCAGGCGAAGAGCACUAGAGGAGGCAUUUAACAGCAUAUUCGUAUAAAAAGGUUAGAUCAGGCGCAGCAGCUGUCCUGGAGGAUGCAUGGUUAACUUACGACGACCCUUAUACCACAGCGCAUAGUUGUCCGGCUAUAACAUGUUGGUUGUGGCCUAUAUUUUGGACCUCAAGCAGAAGGGAUUGAAGUGUCAAAUCAGCAUCAGGCGGCCCAGUGUUCAUCCCCUUUUGCAAGUCGAGAAGUUGCGUAUAGAUGUACCUAUGCUCAUGGCAAUGACUGAUACAUGUAGUUGCCAGCCUCCGAGUACAUCGAGGUGGCGAAACUUGUCAUUGUUCCUCUGUAAUGGCAUGGUUUUGUUCGUCAAACCUCGGCUUCUUUUGAAUAUAAUAUCAGUCUUUAUCAG